UAAAGUCACACAUCUACUUAUUCUUUGGCUUUUUCUCCGCCGGGAAUCUUUACCCUUAUGUUUAACUCUCCAGCAUGAAAAAUAAGUCUGAGUCGUUGGUCAUUUUCAUAUAUUGGAUAAAGAAGUACAAAUACAGGUUGAGAGCUCUAUCCAGUAGCGCGAAGUGAAGAUACAGACACCGCGAAAGGUGUUAACACAAAAUUAAAGGACGUGGCACACUUUACUAUUUUCCUCUGAUGUAUUGAAAUCCGGAGGUGUAUGUAGAUUCUGUUACCUCAUAACCUAACGUCGCAGACGUAAAAGAAACGCAUGAAACUACAUCCCGUACAAAAAGCCCGGAAAAUGUAGUUGUUGGUGACAGAGCAGUGACAAGGCGUAUCCUCCCCUUGUGAGAGUACUAGUUCAUAGCACAUACACAUUUGUGCCACUAUAAGCCUAGGACCUGACUUGACAAUUCGUCAUCCUUGGCACAGAGCUGGGAUGUCUGCACUGCCUCAAUGCUGCAUCUGUCUCGAUGACUUCACCAAUCCAGUCUCUAUCCCCUGUGGCCAUCGCUUCUGCCUGGGCUGUAUCGGGGAGUACUGGAGACUCCAUGGUGCCUGCCAGUGUCCUCUCUGUAUGACAUGUUUCCCCAUAAGGCCACAGCUAAAAACGAAGCCAACCCUACAUAAUGUUGCACCGCGGGAGGAAAACCAAGCCGCACUCAGAGCAGGUGAGGUGCCCUGCGAUAUCUGUCCAGAAAAGCAGUGUAGAGCAGUGAAGUCAUGUCUGGUGUGCCUGGCCUCGUACUGUGAGAUGCACCUGGAGCCUCACUACAGGGACUCGGCUCUAGGGCGCCAUCCACUGGUCACUGUGUGGAAGAACCUGGAUGAGCCUGUCUGUAGACUCCACGGGAGGCAGUUGGCCAGGUUUUGUCGGAGCGAUCAGACCUGCAUCUGUGCUGUGUGUGUCCAGACUGAUCACAGGGGUCAUCGGGUGGUCACCAUCGCCAUGGAAGCAACAAAAAGGAAGGUUAAGCUAAAGAAGUCCAUGAUAAAGUUUCAGCAGAUGAUCCAGGAGAGACUGAAGAAGAUGGAGGACCUCCAACAAUCAGCGGAGCUCGUUGAAGUGACUGAGGAGAAACAGAAAGCAGCAGAGAGGCGGGCUGAGGGGCUCGUCAAAGAGAUGGAGCAGGAAAUCACCGAGCUACAGAGGAGAAGCACUGCGCUGGAGCAGCUCUCACACACCGAGGACCACCUCACCCUUCUACAAAGAUUUCCAUCACUGUCCACUCCUCUACACAACAAGGACUGGUCCCACAUCAUCAAGUCCCUGAUCCAAGAACUACAGGGGAAACUAGAAAUAUCCUCAAGAGAUAGUAGAAAACUACAUUGAGCCUCCUCCUAAAAUAAGACAUGUCUUUUUACUCAGGAACAUUUUAUGAUUGUUUAACAUCGUUCAGCCUUUUUGUCUGUCCUCGAGUGAUUUUUACAAUGAGAAAUAUCGGGAACUAUUUAUUCAUUGUAACCUUGACUUAGCAUUUUACCAAAGGAAAUGUGACUUUAAUAUGUAUCACCUAUGCGUAUGUCGAGAUUAUCAUUGUGCCUAUCCUAUCCACAGCGUGCAGGCAUGGUUGAUUAUGUAUGUCUUGUUACAAUUUGACCAGAGUAAAUGUGAAUGUGAUUUUAAUAUAUAUAUAUAUAUUUAUAUAUCAUUUAUCUUAGAAUUUAUUCAAAAUGAUUAGCACCGUGCCAGAGAAUGUAUGACCACCAAUCAAGUAUUAUGCAGGGUUGUACGAAUGUGAUUGUGCAUUUAGCAGAGUUUGUCAUUGGAUUAAGUAAAUACUGUAGCCUAUCGUUAGCCUAAUGGAAAGGUGUUUGACUUUCAAUUCUCAAGUAAAAGAAACUGCAUGCGCAUACCAGAGGAGACGGAUGGAAGUAGCUAUAGAAGGAUGGGGUCAUUGUAAUGGCCGGAAUGGAAUCAAUAGAAUGGAGUCAAACGUGGUUUCCAUAUGGUUGUGUUUGAUACCGUUCCACUUAAUUCCAUUGCAGGCAUUACAAUGAGCCCGUGCUCCUCCCACCAGGCUCCUCUGACACACACGCAUAAACAGGUUUUCCACACACCCAUUCAUAGGCCAAUUCUACUACCGUUGAAUACAUACCUCCUUCACGGAAAGGGAACUGGUCAUUAUUUUAGCUGAAAUGAAACUCAAAGUAGAAAAGGAAUGGGACAAAGUAAAGGAUGCCCAUAUGAGCCCAGAGUAAAGGAAGUUCACAUCAUCUGAAAGGUACUGGCAAUACUUUCUUUGUUGCAUAUAUAACCGAGUGUAUUACUUUUAAGUGUACAUCAUUCUACUGUCAGGAAAUUAGUUAUACAUGUAAUUUGUAAUUGAUUGUUUUUGGUUGAUGUACAAUGUAAGUAUGAUUGACACGUACAAUGCUUAUACAUGUAAUAAAUGAGAUGAAAUAAG